AUGAUGACCAAAUUUCAGUCACCCCCGCCCGACCCGAUACAAGCGGAGACAAGUAUCGCACAGCAUAUGCAAACCCUAUUGUCUACGCAGGAUCGGCGGGCUCGAAGAACCCAAGCCCUACCCCAAGGACCCUAUAGCCAAUUACCAGUCACAAAAUACGCACCGGAUGGCCAGAUCUCAGAUGCAUAUUGGGGAAGAGAACCCUCUAAUUCCCCAAACAUUUCAACAAUGUCCCUCCUCAACACCUCAACCAUCCCGAAAAAUCGUACCCUCGGCCAUGAUGGCAUAAUAUUCAAUCGAGCCGGCUCAUCACUCCGCCGACGUUCUUCUUUACGAACUUCCCAAAACAUCAACGGACUCUUUAGUCGAAGUUCGACAACUCCAGCUAAGGGAAUGCCUCGGCAAAAGAACCUCAACGCCAAGCCGCUAUUUUCCUUGAACGACUUCUAUUCAGAAGCUCAGCUAGACGAUCCGUUUCUUGGACGGGAAUGGGUCUUUCGAGAAAUUUACGAACAUUCGGUCGUCGAAGGGGUACCAAUUUUGUAUGUGGAAGGAGGGCGUGGUGCUGGAAAAUCAGCCAUUGCCAAUCAAAUUAUCAUGCAUUCACCAUUUUAUAAACGACAAACCUCCGAUACCUUGGACUCCGGAUGUGAAGCGGAUGCCCCACAUUAUGAAUGGUUGAGGGCGGUGGCUGCAAGAUUGGUGGCAUACCAUGUCUGUUCGAUCCAAGACGCUGCAACUUGCUCGAUACCCGAAUUUGUCUGCAACCUCGGAGCAACACUGGCCCACUCGCCAAUAUUGUUGAGCUAUGCAGAUAUAUUAACUAAGAAUCCUGGUCUCCAAAACCUGCUCACACUGGACAACUGCCUGAAAUUCGGUCCUCAACAUGUUUUCGAAAAAGCAAUUGUUGAUCCAUUGGCCCAGCUUUCUUCUAGUGAUCAGGGUUGUUUGGUGAUAUUGAUCGACGGUCUAGAUGAGGCAGAAUUCCAUCGUAGUGAAGCAGGAAUGUCCAUCGCUCGUUUCCUUGAAUCCGUUUAUGGCAUGCUUCCGGCUUGGAUUCGGCUAAUUCUGACCGUCGACUACGAAGCACCCACCAGAUUGGAAGGCCAUUUAUCGGCUAGUGUCAGAAUUGACGAUACACAACUAGACGAACGUGCAAUGCGAGAUAGCAGGAUGCUAGCUGAAUACCGCGUCUCGGGUUGUCAUCUGCUUGAAGAGGGCUUAAAAACCCUCAAAUUCACUUCCGGUGAUAAUCCGCUUAGUGAAUUCAUUAGCAGAAUUGUUGCCCAGUCCUGCGGAAACAUGAUGUACAUUGCGCUCCUAUUAUCUCUUGCAGAAUCUAAUGUUAUUCGAUUAAAGGCUCUUGCCUCGGCCCUUUUGCCCGCUGAUCUCGAUGAACUUUACCUCCUCUAUUUCAACCUGACCUUUAGUUCUACGGCUAUAUUCACAAGAUGCUCUCAAAUCCUCUCCCUACUAAUUGCAUCUCUCCAAUCACUGACACCUGAACAAGUGGCUGAAAUUCUAAAUGAUGCCUCCCCGAAACCACUGGACCUAACCCCAGAGGAAGUUCUCGAAAGGGUCGAGCUGAUGUCACCAUUUGUGGUGCUUUCCUCAAUGGGCCGGCUUUCCCUAAAGCAUUCCAGCUUUCGUGAAUGGCUACUGCGAAGUCAAGGGCAAUGUCGAUAUACCGUUGAUGCCAGGGAAGGCCAUCUCCUCCUCGCCAUUUGGUUAACCAGAAAGAAGCGCCUCGACUCUUCAAAACUCUUCGACUUGGCUCAUCAUUUAUUAAAAGCCAAUCCACAUAAAUAUUUCAACAAUAGGCCGGUACCGGAGAUCUCAAUCUCGAGAGAAUGCCAGGUAAACUGGCUGGAAUAUGCGGCGGAGAAUAUAGGAGGGGCGCUGCUGUACGAUCGGAACCUACUGUAUCCCAACAGCAAGGUGUCGCGUCUAUUGUUGCUAUCCGGAGCGUCGGCGGAUGCUUGUCGUGAAGAGGAUGGGAUGUCACUUUUGUCCUUGGCGGCUCGACAUGGCGAUCCAUCAGUGGUCUCGUUAUUACUGCAGUUUGGGGCUCAAGUGAUUCCGUCUAAAGGCGAGUUACCAGUCGUUGCUGCAUCAAAAGCCGGUCAACUGGAUGUCGUCCAAAUAUUGCAUCAACACGGUGCCCUCCAAGGGGAUUCCGCACUUUUGGCUAUCAUUGCUGCAGCAGAGGGUGGUCAUCCGCAAGUUGUGUCCUUCCUCCUGGAGUGCGAUUGGCAUGAUGCUGAAGCAAAGGAAGUUGCUCGACAAGCUGCACUUGAAAAAGCUGCUUCUACAGGCAGUGUAAGUGUUUGCGAAUACCUGCUUGAUGGGGUCUGCGAAAAAACGUUGUCGUUGGAUAGUGCUAUGAGGGCUGCAUGUCUUGGCGGAUCUGCAGAAGUCGUACAAUUCUUGUUAUCAAGAGGUGCUGUCCUUUCCACGCUAUCCUGGCCGGAAGACCGAUCGGCUUUGUCUUGCGCUGUGGAAAGCGGAAGCUGGGAUUUAGUGACAGCCGUCCUGAACCAGCCAAAUUGUGAAAUCGAUCGGCAGGAUAAACAAGGACAAACAGCCCUUCAUCUAGCUGGUCAGAGAGGUCAUGUGGGCCUUAUUGAUCUUCUACUACGGAAAGGGGCAAAUCAGUCGCUCUCGGAUCUUGAAGGAAACACGGCGUUGAUGAUGGCUAUCAAAAACAACCACGCGGCGUGCGCGCAACUAUUCUUAGAGCGAGGGAUUGAUGUUGUUCAUCUACAAAAUAUUGAUGGGCAAUCAGCAAUCCACGUAGCAUGCGCCAGCGCAAGUAGGCCGAUUGUUGAGAGUAUUUUGGAUGCUGGCGGGAAGAUCGAAGAAAAAGAUGCCGAGGGAAAUCAUCCAAUCGAGACGGCAAUAAAAGCCAGAAAUGAUGGGGCCAUUGCUGCUCUGCUGAGGCGUGGUGCCAGAUUACGUUCUGUGACUUGGACGGUCUCAAAACAAUUCUAUCCGCGAGCGCUCUUGGUAUUGCUUCGGAAACUUCUUGAUGAUGCUGGAUUGUUAUACAGAAAACGCAAAACCGAAGAUGCCAUCCACCGUCUCAAUUAUGCAUUAGAGAAAUGUGAUCAAAUGUUGGAAGACGAUACCGGUGAAGAGCAAGGGGAAGAACUUCGAGUUUUCCGCUGGCAGAUCUUGUUGGGCCUCGCAAGAGCAAAACGACGACAAGGAUACCAUACGGAAGCUAUAAGAUUAAGUAGCGAGGCUGCCAUUUUGGCUGAUACAGACGACAAACUGUCUGAAGUCCUGUUCUUCAGGGCAAAGUGCCACUUCGAUAAUCAAGAUCUGGAAAGAGCCCGCUAUGAUGCGAUGGCGGCUGCCCAAUUGAAGCCGAUGGAAGAAGAACACAAGAUGGUAUGGAGGCACGCUGUAAAAGUGGCCUUAGCUGCCGGCGAAGCCUUGGCUAAAGGAUUCUCGAAAGCCGUGAAAGAAGAGUUGAAAGCUACCCAGCAAGCGUCCGCUGCACAAGCUGCAAAAGGAGGACAUUCCAAAACUGAAGCUCAAGAAAAUAUGGCAGCUAACGCCAGGCUCGGCAUCUCACUGGAUGAAUCAAUGCAAAUUUUGAACGUGAAAGCUCCGCUGGAUCAGAAGCAAGUAGAGGAACAGUACGAAAGAUUAUUUGCGCUUAACGAUAAGACGAAAGGCGGCAGCUUUUACUUACAAUCGAAGGUUUAUCGUGCCAAGGAAAGGAUAGAUGAGGAAUUCAGAAAAACUGAAACAACAAAAGCCAGCAAACCACCGAGUUCCGAAGCUCCGACAGCC